AUGAAGCAAGGUCCAGGGAUCGCUAGUGAUGAUGUUUGUGGCCGUGUCCGGACCUCAGAAGACCAAGAGGACGAUGGUCUGUCUUCUACCCCUGCCAUCGACAGUGUAGGUGGUGGUGCAUGUACCGGUAAUAGUAUGGCUUCAGGAGCACGAGACGAUGACAGUGACAGACUUGAGGACCACUCAGACUGUGAAAUCCUCAAGGCAAUUGAAAAACAUUACCAGGAUUUGGCCUCACCUUCAGAUCCAUAUCCAUAUCCUGAACCUCAGCCUGAUCUUACCAGUGCCAAUCCUACUGAGAGCAGCAGGUCCAAGGCGUCCGAGCCAAAACUAAAGGCAAAUGAUCUUCCUGACCAUUAUCGAGCUCUCAAGGGACAGGGACUACAAGCAAGUGCUCAAGCUGAUACCGGUAGCUUCACCGGUAGCAUCAAGUCUCCAUCCGAGCAAGAACCAAGAGCUGCCCUCACCAAGGGACCGGCAAGCACAUAUCAAGAGCAAGGAAAGGCAACCAGCGUUCCCGUCAGAAAUGGUUCUGAUGGACACGCUACCGGUAUUGCUAACGGCAACACUUCUGUGCUUCCUGAUCAAAGGAGUUUGGGGCAACCUGCCAUCUCUACGGCUACUACCGUGUCAUUGCCAGGUGCUUAUGCAGUGGCUCCACCAUCUGCAGACACUGUUACAACGGAUUCCUCGGAUGAUGAAGCAGGGAAUCUUCACCAAGAGGAAAACCAGUUGGAUCUACUAGAGUCUGGGUUGCCCGUUACAUCCAAUGGACGCACUGAACCAGAACCAGCAACAAUCGACCAAGCAGGUCUCGUGGUGGCACACAUGGUUCAUGUGGACGACGAGAACCAGAGGAUCCAAAGCCUGCCACGAGCUACCCUCGAAGAACGGACGGUGGCAGCAUCCAACGACUCGCCAGACGGACAGAAAGAGAAUCGACAAUUCUGCAUACAUCAUUCCCGACGAUGCGUGGCAAGUAUCACCAUCUUCACCCUGAUCUUUAUUGGGAUUGUCCUUAUAGCCGUGCUCGUUGUAAAGAACGAUGAUGACAAGUCCAAAUCCAAAUCCUACCGUGAUACGAAUGCCAAUGCCACUAUCAUGACAACGAAAGAAUUCAUCAUGAGUAUCCUGCCUAACUACACUCGUCACGAAGUACUAAUGGCAGCAGAAACACCACUCUCUGAUGACGACGUUUUCAACAUGGCGACACCGCAAGCCAAAGCUCUCGAUUGGAUCCUCCAAGAUCCCUUUUUGAACACAUAUCUGCCAAAUCGCAAUCAUGAUUCAGCCACAAUAUCCUCGAAUCAAUACCAUCAGCGAUUCUUCCAACGGUUCGCCUUGGCUACGAUCUACCAUGCAACAAAUGGUCCCAACUGGCAAAAUAAUCAAAGCUGGCUUUCCUAUGACGUUCAUGAAUGUCAUUGGUUCGCCAAGAAUUCGUUUGCCUUUGAUCAACCACCAGACAAUCAAAUGACAUACAUGAAAGACUACCAUGAAUUGAUUCAUCGAAAUCCAUGCGAGUUGCCGUACCAGGAGUCAAACGCCACGACCGCCCAAGGCAAUCGUAACCCGUACAAGCAUUUGUGGUUGCACACGAACGAGCUCGAUGGGACGCUGCCGUUGGAACUCUACUGGCUGACAUCCUUACGGAGCCUCAGUCUGUAUUCCAAUGACAAGUUGCACGGAUCCCUGUCAUCUCACAUUGGCCAGCUCUCGAAUCUAGAAGCCAUCGCCAUUGCCUACAAUAGCAUGACGGGAAGCCUUCCCACAGCCCUCGGGGCAUUGACCAAACUACAUUUCUUGGCGGCGUUACAUAAUCAAUUCACUGGCAUAGUACCAAGUGAACUCGGGUUGCUGCAUCGAACCUUGCAGUCCGUGUUCGUGGAUGGAAGUAGUCUGACGGGGACCAUCCCUGACGAGCUCUACGAUUUGACCCUUCUCAAAACCAUGUAUUUGUCGAACAACCAACUCGCGGGAACUAUCUCAGCUCGGAUUGGACAACUCACCAACAUGUGGGACUUUCAACUUCAAGGAAACCGACUCAAAGGGACGAUACCCUCUCAAGCGGGACAACUUCAGUCAUUGAAGCGCCUCAUGUUGUACGAGAAUGAUCUCACCGGGACACUCUGCACCUAA